GUCCGCGAAAAUCGUAUAUUACAUCGAUGCAACGACGACGCCGCGGCCAUGCGGCGCGCAAAGAAUAAAAUGCAUCGGCGCCGCGGCACUCUUAAUUGGUCCGCCAUCUUGGCCGGCGCGCACGCCUCGCUCGGCCCGCCAAUUUCUUUUCUCGGGAUUCGCGCUAUCGCCGUCGACGCGCCGACGAUCAUCGUUUCGGCCGUCGACGUCGUGCGACGAUCGCUCGCUCGCUCGCUUCACUCGCUUGUCCGCCGUGAUCUCGAAAUCGCGAUCGGUUCCUCGAUCCGCUCGGUUUCCCGCGCUUUCCCGCUGUUUCUCGCCGCCACGGCGUCCGCCGCGCCGGGCGUCACGGCGCGCAUGCGCGCGCCGCCGCCGCGGCGUUUUUGCGCGCCGCGGAAAGUAGUCCGCGCGGCCACUCGACGCGAACUCGAGCGUCCCCUCUUCCUCCUCUUCCUCUUCCACCCACCACCGCUGAGAGGGGUGGAGCGGAGAGCCGGCGCUACGCUCCACGUCCCCAUUUAAAAAAAUCAAUACUUAAUAAUUAGCAUUAAUACGCCCGCCGAGUGUACGUGUGUGCACGUGUGCCGCGAUUAUCCCCUCCCUCCCCCGCCCGCCCGUUCCCCCCGUAUCGCUCCCUCGAUUUUCCCUCCUCCCUCCCCUCGCAGCCCUUAAUCACGCCGCGCUCGUUAUAAUGACACGAUCAUUAUUUCGUUAAUUAUUCGUAUCGACGUUUGUUAUUCUCUCCCCUUUUUGUCCCGGCGACGGGAUGAUUUUCGCUGGUGCGCGAUGGGGGGGAGGGUGAGGAAAAGGGCACCCCUGCGAGAGAAUUCAUUUUCGGGUGGAAUUAAUAAUAAAGAGAGGGAUGAACAUGAACGCGUGAUUAUCGAUGCCUUUGCCGCGAUGACGUCUUCGAUCGGAUAUGCGUCUUGUCUCGUCAUCGACGUUUUCAACACGCUGUAAUAAUUAGCACACGAAACGCAAAUAAAUUGAUUAAACGUCAAUGUGGAACGGACAGAAUGAACGUGACGUAUCCGCGAUUAUUGAUGCAUAAUUACGCAGUUUUGCGGUAUAAAGUACGCGCAUGAAAAAGACAGGAAAAUUGCGUUAAAUUUAACGUGUUUUAGCGCAUAAAAUAUUGUAAAAAAAGAAUAUUUGAAGAAAAAUAAAUAGAAAAUUAAAAGAAUGUACCUCAUUGCUAAUUGCGGGUAUUAUUUAUCUUUGCAAUUUAUUCUUCCUGUAGUGAUGGAGUGCACGCGGCGUCUCCGCUUAUCGCCGGAAUUUGCCAGAAUUCAUAACCUAUUGGAAAGUACACGCCUACUAGUUGAAAGUCUUCGCAUUACCCACAAUUUUCAUCACGACAAUCGCGAUAAAUGAUAAGCGUACGGGGAAAACGCACGGAAACAAACGCAGACGAGCGAAGAGGUACAUAACCUCUAAGGGCUUAGCUCCGGAAUAAAAAAAAUCAUGAGAAUAGUUAUAAAAUUCUUGUCGUUUUCCACCAACGCGUUUUAUCACGGAAGAGAGGAGAGAUCAUGUUGAUACUUCUGAUGGAAGUCGCGAUGUUCCUCGAGAAAGAAGUCAUGUCGGUACUCCCUUUUUCCUCAGCUCCAGUAAGCAGCUGAAUUAUCUAACUCCGGCGGCGAAUUCGAGCGGAGAUCGGCACCGACUGUGUUUACGUUUUGUCGGCAGAUUCUGUAACCUGACGACAGAUUGGCAACCGAAAUCUGGCGGAAUCUUUCGACGAAUUCGGCUGAAUUUUUGCCGCCCCCUCCACCUCUGGUGAAAAUUUUCCUCAGAAUUUUUCAUGUAUGUUAAUUAUGAAACAUUCUAAGAUUUCUAUUUGCUAUGUAACAUCUAAUAAAAUGUUAUAAAAACUAAAAAAGUUAAAAGUAUUUUUUUAGAAAUUAUGGAAUGAGGAAUCUUAGAAUACUUCAGAAUUCACAUGUAUGAAAAAUUUUAAGAAAAGGACUCUGAGUAUUUCUGAAAAAUGUUCCAAUUCGUAUAAAAAUUAUAAGCAAAAUUUUCAUCAGGGUCAUCUGCGUCAAACUGUGUAGCGAAUCUACCAAACUUUGCUAUAUUUUUGCCAGUAUUCUACGUACUGAAUAUUGAAUAUUGCCCAGAUCCAGUAGCUUCAAAUCUACGACCUUUCUAUCGACAAAAUUUAUGGCAAACAUUUUUACAGAAUUUGUUUUCAAUAGACUCUGCUCCGGGAGACAUAAUUUUUAUAACACGAUCACAGUGCGUGUAUUAUAUUUCCCAUAAAAAGAUGUUAAAGAACGAGAUCUGUGGGUACAUGUUACUGCUGUACAGCGUCGCGGAUAAGCCGUUAGAGCUAUGGUCGAAACACAUUUCCCACGGUGGCAAGGUUCGCAGGAUGAGGGACGACCAAUUGCACGGGGAUAGAAUAAUUGAGAUCACUGAACCACACAACAACACGAUCUCCACGAGCAUAACUAUCCCUGCUAAAAUGCUAGACGUUUUGAACAUAAAGCUUCCCAUUCUCGUGUUAAUCAUAAAGAAUUUGAAUUUGCGGUUCAAGCUGGUAGUACAAAUAGUAGACAAGAAACAAUAUCGGAGAAGAUUCGUAUUCAUGACCCACAAUGUUGAAAAAUUGCCAAACAUCAACGCGAAUGUGGCCUGUAUUCCGCUGAGAUUGGAGGAAUCUUGGAAUUUCCUGGAGAUAAAUCUUCAGACUCUCUGCCAUGAAGCGUACGGAACAGAUUACGAAGCUCUGCAAAGAAUAAUGAUUUAUCCGAAUUGUCAUUUGAGAAGAGUGUAUCUGCAAGAUCGUCAUUACAACGAUGACGAGAUUCCUCCUGAUAAGAUGCGCCAGGCUUUCCUCGAUAUGUACAUGUUAAAGCGGGGGAUCAAUUUCAUAGAAAAUGCUUGUCAAACAGAAGAAUGUUACACAGGAUCUUUGAAGCAAAUUGAUUCGAAUUGUUCUGCUAAAGAUAAUUCUAUUAGUGCACCGUCGAGAAAGAUGGACUUACAUAAAACCGUUGGUUGCACGGAAAAAUUGAAAAACUCAAAUCAUUGCAUGGAUUUAAAUUUGCACAAUUCUAGCAUAUUGAAAAGGAAUCACAUGUCAAUGGACGCUUUAAACAAUGCGAUAAAACCGCGUAAUCAGAAUGUUUUUACAAGACGAAGUGAAUGGUUUACAAAAUCUUUGAUAAAUGAUCCAGUUGUAGAAAAUAAGUCGGAAAAAAAUAGUAGUGAGGUAACAAAAAAUGAGGAACGAUUUGCAGUAAAAACAUAUAAAACAGGAAACUCCUUGCUAAAUAUAAAAAUUAAUAAUACGUCACGACCGAUAUCUUCUAUCGAAUUAGAAAAAAUCGCAAAAAGCCAAUUUUUGAAAACACAUGUAAACGAAAUAUUAUUUGAAGACGACAAAUUAGCAAAGUGUUCACAGGAAAUUCAAAAUGCAGGGGAUACACACAUUAACUUGAAAAACUACACAUUAAAUUGCAUUAGCAAUACUAAUAAUGUACAAAUAGGAAAAAAUAAUUCCACCGGUGCAAAAUUUAAAACAUCCGCCGUCAGUUAUCCAUCUACUUUUAGUCUAUCUGAAAAUAUCAAGCCUGAUAAAAUAAGUAAUAAUGUCUCUAACACUCUAAGCGAUGCAUAUGUCAUUUCAAAGUAUAAAUACAUAAAAGAAAGUGAAAAAAAUAUCACCAAUCGUUUAAAAUCUCUGGUAAAUAUCGAGGAAAAUACUGAAGAUAUAUUCAAACGCAUUUAAUCUUUAGCUGAGAAAACAAAAAUAGAUAAAAUAAAAUUACACAUCUAACGACGAAUAAGACUGUAUCUGAUUCUACACCUUCAAGUUAUUAAAAAUUUUUUGAAAAUUUAUAGAAUUUAUGAUGCCGCAGAUAGAACUACUAAUAUAUGUAUAUAUACAUAACAUAAUAAACAUAAAAAGAAUUGUUAUGAUCAAGAAAAUUUUUGUAGACAAGCAAAAAAAUUGUGUACGGUGUAUAAUUAUAUUCUUAAUAAAUUUAAUCGGUUUUUAAUAGAUUAUUUGAAAAUAGAAUUAUAAGAAAAGUAUAUAUAAACAUAAAAAUGUACAUACUUUUUAUCCAUGUAUACAAUAAGCAAAAAAUACAAUUUAAUACACGAACAUGACACACACCAUCUAUAUUCUAUGAAGUAAAAAAUUAAUUUUAAUGAGUUAUAUUAGUUGUCAUUUUUUGAGCAAUAUAUAAAAUCAAGGCAAUCAUCAUUUCAAAAUAAAUUAUCUUUUAUUAAGUAA